GCGGCCACGGCCCAGUCCAGGCAGCAACGGCGUCAGAGGUGGGUGGACUCGCCCGCCAACGCCGAGCACCGCCAGGAUGGCGCCGUCAUGUCGCCCCUCCGGGCCCAGCCGGGCCUGGGGCCACGCUCUGGCGCUGCUCGCGCUGCUGGCCGCGUCCGCGGCCAUGGCCAUCUUCGAGGAGGUCGACGAGCCCAUGGAGUUCGAGUUCAAGCACCACGACAACACGGAGCUGCCCGACGUGCUGCGGGGCGUGCACCGCCGCUGCCCGGACAUCACGCGCCUCUACACGCUCAGCGAGAACAGUGUGCGCGGCAUCCCGCUCUACAUGAUCGAGUUCAGCGCCUCGCCGAACAGCUUCCAGCCGCAGGUGCCCAACGUCAAGUACAUCGCCAACAUGCACGGCAACGAGGUGCUGGGCCGCGAGCUGCUGCUCAAGCUGGCGCACCACCUGUGCGAGAGCUACCGGGCCGGGGACCCCGACGUCCAGAAGCUCGUCAACAUCACCCGCAUCCACCUGCUGCCCUCCAUGAACCCCGACGGCUGGCAGAUGGCCACGGAGUCGGGCGGCAAGAACUUCCUGGUCGGGCGCAACAACGCCCACGACGUCGACCUGAACCGCAACUUCCCCGACCUGGACCGCAUCAUGUUCAGCAACGAGGAGGCCCACGUGGAGCACAACAACCACCUGCUGGCGCAGAUGGACCGCCUGGACAAGCCGCUGGAGCCCGAGACGAAGGCCGUGAUGCGCCUCAUCAUGCAGGUGCCCUUCGUGCUGUCCGCCAACCUCCACGGCGGCGACCUGGUCGCCAACUUCCCGUACGACGAGACGCGCUCCGGCGCCCCGUCCGAGUACAGCAGGAGCCCCGACGACGACACCUUCAGGGCCCUGGCGCAGAGCUACGCGUCGGUGCACCCCGAGAUGGCGGACCCGGCGCGCCAGCCCUGCACCGUGCACGACUACAACUUCGGCCAGCAGGGCGGCAUCACCAACGGCGCGGCGUGGUACAGCGUGGAGGGUGGCAUGCAGGACUUCAACUACCUGUCCUCCAACGACUUCGAGGUGACGCUCGAGCUGGGCUGCGACAAGUACCCGCCCAGCAACGAGCUGGAGCGCGAGUGGCUGCGCAACCGGGACGCCCUCAUCAACUACCUGUGGCAGGCUCACACCGGCAUCAAGGGUGACGUCAUCGACUCCAGGACGAUGCGGCCCAUCGCCAACGCCCUGAUCCACGUCGCCAACCUCACCAGCGGCGUGGAGGUGGACAUCGAGCACGACGUCACCUCAGUGCACAACGGCGACUACUGGCGCCUGCUGACGCCGGGCCAGUACAGCGUGACGGUGUCCGCGCCGGGCUACGACCCCUACACCCUGCUGCUGCGGGUGCAGUCCAAGCCCCGCCAGGAGGCGGAGAAGAUCCGCUUCUACCUCCACCCGGUCACCAGGGACCGAGUCCUCGCCUAGGGUGCUUCGUGCAGGGCACGGCCUAAGGGUCGCCGAUGACGAGGCCGGCCCUACUCCCUGGUCGUGACCCACACCAACGGAACAUUCUCACCUGGUCUGCUCUGUGAGGAAAUCGCCUCGGACGGCUGCAGGGCGGAGGUGGGGGACGGCCGCGCGGCCCAGCGGCCCGGGCAGUGGUGUGCCUGUACUUGUUCCGUUCAGUGUCGCUCCGUCGCGGUUUCCACAUUGAUUCGACGGCGUUGGGAUUGAACGUCUCUCCCCCGACCGGGUCCCCCGGCCUCGCAGGGCCCCGGGGCACCCUUGGGUCUGGGUCACCCUGGGUCGCCCUGGGGCGGUGCGGGCCGGGCGGGAAGGGAGCCAGGACGAGUUCAGGAACACCACCAGCCCGCAGGCCGAUUCCGAGAAGUGCUUGUCGUCGCUCUCUCUCUUUUCUCGUACGCAUUAAGCACACCCCCACGAGUGCGAGAGAGACGGCGACGAAAGCACUGUCUCGGAACCAGCCUGCCAGGUCGGCCCCUCGUCCGCCUGGAGCGGCCGUGACGAAAACGAAAACCCAAACGAAAUCUCAGGACGAAGCGCCGCCUCCUGCGCCCUAGCUGACUAGCUGGCUUGCCCUUUCCCGCCUUUCCACAUCGAACCGCGUUCAGUUGGCAGCGCAGACGAGCACGAGCCGGCAGAGGCGGAGGGAGGGGGAAUCCGGAGAAGCAUCCCACUCACUCCAGUGUGGCAUUCCCUUCUUAUUCCCUGUGUGGAUUCCGAGCCGUCCCCCACAUUUCCCAGCAACCCACACUUCUCCUUUGCGUUGUUGCAAAACUGUCUUGUCAGGUAGAAUCUAGUCGCUAUGAUUUGGAGCUGUGAGGUGUGAAAGCGAGUGGAAUGUUUGUUUUGUUACGUCCAUGUGGGAGGAAUUAGAACUUGUUGAAUGCAGUGUGAACGCACCGACGCACUUGUUAAUGCAGUAAAAGGAACCCUCAAAAUUUUUGCUGACGUGAUGGCCGAAGCCUCAACUUUAAAGAUACAGUUCUGAGUACUAUUUAAAAUGAAGAAUUGGGCAGUUUUCACCCAAAAAAUUGUGUUUUCAAAAAUAUCUAGUCUUCCAAGUCAUAUCAUUGUUUCCAAAAAGAGAAGCAUACAGAAUUUGGAAGCUUAUGAUUUUGCCAAUCAAUCACCAGCUUUGUCAGUUGCUGCAUUGAAGCAACACCAAACCCAUGCACUGCUAAAAUUGAAGUUUUGGGUAGGUGUUAUUUUGGACGUACUGUCAGUGAAAGUUUGAGUUUCUAAUAACAAUCUGGGUAAUACUUCAUUCCAGUAGAGUGAUUGGUGUCAGUAAUGAAAGAAUCAAUUGACGUGCGUUGGCUGUAAAUGGAUUUGUCAAGAGAAAAUAAGAAAAAACCUAUUUCGUUAAUACAUUGAGAAUUGUAAUUGUGGUUUGCGAAAGACCAAAAAGCAAAUUUUCAAUAUUAUCUUUAUGUCUUCUGAGUGUGCCCGACUUUUUGUUUGAAAUUAGAUUGAAUAAAAGUUUCCGUAAAGAACU